UGCAGUGGUCGCUAUUUGUUAAAGGUUUUCUUUUUUCAAGUCAUUUCUUUUUUAAGGCCAAUUUCAUCUUUACCAGAAAAUUUUCGUGGGUUUGGUAUUUUCAUAUAUUUUGUGUUGUUUGGCGAUUUUGAAUUUUCAUCCCUUACUCAUCUUCUACAUAAUCAAAUGAACCAAUAUAACAACGAUAAAUCAUCGGAUUUCUUUAAUCCGUUGUUCGUUGAUGAUGAGGAUACAUCCAACAAGUUUCAAUCGUACCUUCUUAAGAAGAAGCUCAAAAUCAACCAAAAGAACAACUUCAAAAAGCAGCGCUCUCGCUCCCUCCCCAUCAUAAACUAUUCCAGUAACCCUCAACUGGCCGCCCAGCAUCAUCAUAAGAAGAAGAGCAUCGUCCCUCCGUUACCGCCCAUAAACUUAUCGUCGUUAAAGGAGAUCGAUUUAAAUGAAAUUCUCAAGAACCCCCAGCUUCGUCACGAUAUUCUUUUUGACCCCCAACUUCAGUUCAGACCAAACCUUGACGGUGAGCGUGGUAGAAGAAAGAGACUGAUCAUCGACAAAUACUGGUUGGAGAUUUUGAAGGAGUGCUCCCAAUUUUUUACCCCCGUCGCCUCGUCUACGUCGGCUGCUGUUAAGCUUGUCCGUCUCCCGCUCCUUUUCCAAACCUUAAGAGACAUUCUCAUUUCUCUCCUUCCCAUCAAAAACAGGCUGAUCAUUUACGAGGUGUUUGAUCUUGAACUUAUCUACCAGGAGCUCCAGGUCCGCAACUUCAACUUUGUCAAGCUUAGCAAGUUUCUCCACUCUUUUUUCAAAACUCAUUGUGCGCCCAUGCGGGAUGAGUUGGUCAACUUGAUGUACCAGAAGUUUGAACACAGCUACGAGAAUGCAAACUUGCCGGCGUUGAUCGAGGGCUUGAAGUUAAUUUUCCAGAUUUUGGAAUGCAUGAAGUUGGACAUCGCCAACCAUCAGGUUCGGUUGUUGAGGCCCAUUUUAAUCGAGACGGCUGUGGAAUUUGAGAAGGACUACUUCAACCAGUUGGUACUCUACAACAAGAUCAACUUGAAUGAUUCUGUUAGUUGGUUCAACUACAACUUGGAUAAGAACAUCAAGGCGGGUAAGGUUUCGGACGCCAGAACCGAAAUCAACUUGAAGACAAAUUUGGUUCUUUCGGUAUUUGACUUGUUGAGCUGCCAGAAACUCGUCAACGAGUUUCCUCAGACCUUGAGCUUUGAUCAUACUCGGUUGAUCUUGUUGAGAGCUGACAUAAGACAAAUCAUCGUGUUGAAGUUGUGUGUGAUUUUAUACCAAAAUUUGGUGUCGGAAAAGAACUUACCCAAGAGUCUUUUAAGUGCUGACAACUUAAGCAAGAUCAAACAGGAGAUUUUGUCCAUUGUCACUGAUUCAAACGGCAAUGUCAAAUGGACAAAAAACAUUCACAUGAUCAGUUUACAGUUGAUUAAAUGGUUGAACUUACCCAACCAACUGCACGAUGCAGAGCUCUUGGAUUUCUCAAACAACUGGUUGAUCAAGCAGAUUCAACCCAACUCAAAGGUCUAUCAGUUGAUGGAAGUUAACUACUUCAACUCGUUGUUGGCGACUUCGAAGAAGAACUUGAAUGGUGGGGAAGUUAAUGAUAAUAUUGCCAGCAGGCUAUUGAUUCUAAUUAACUUUAAUUGGAACGUUUUCGGGGAUUACUACAGGAAUUCGGUAUGAUAUUUUUCUCCUUUUUUUGCAUUCUUUAUGAUAAUGAUGGAAUAACUAGAGUUAAUAAGCUAAUGUAUAUUAACAGUAAUGAUCACCUCGAGCGGUUCCAUGUUUUCUCGUGGCUCAUCGCAAGUUGGUCGCGUACGCUUCUCAUUGACGUAAAUUAGAAACACUGCCUACUCCUGUUUUGGUUUUGUUCCCAGACCACCUUCACUCUUAUGCUCCCCAACAUUACCACCCACGCUGGUGAGCUUGGUUUCGUUCAAGUACCGCUCGAAAAGGGUAUCAAAAUUACUCUCUUCUGAACGAGACCAUUCAUUGGUGUUCAAUUCGGGUGCUUCUGGUUUAAUACUCUCUUUCUGCGAAAGUUUAUCCUCUGAACUAGGGGUUAAAUGUGUCGAUUCUCGUUGUUUACGAAGGUCUGGUUCACCUAUCCGUAGUUGCUUUAAUAUUAUCAAAUACUUGCUUAACACCACACCCACCACCGUCCCCACGAUCCCACUCACAAUCACGUACUGAACCAUCACCACUACAAACUCGCCUGUUUUAGGCACAUCGAUUUGCUUCACUCCUAGUAUUAAUUUGACUGGUAGUAAGACGGAUCCAGCCGUAUACUCCACAAUCCGAAACGUGUAGACAAACGGCUCCCAAACAAACUUCUGCCAUGGAAACAAUACAACCUGGGCGAACAGUAUAGCCGAAUCGGCUAUCCAACUUGCAAAAUUGUUCAUAAAGCCCAUACUAUGAUGUGUGACAUACUACAGCCUUAUUGUC